GCCCUUAACCUCUCACGCGUUCGACGCGGUCUGUUUGGUGUGAGAGAAAAGCAAUCGACACGAGAAGACGCUUUGAUUCUCUCUCGCUGGCCAGAUCUCAUUUUGUCGAUUGUAAUUCGUAGCUCUGUGGUUUCGUUCCUGUUCUGUGAAUGGCGAAUCUCGAAGAAUCCAGCCCUCUGUUACCGAGGCAAUUCGAGGGAAGCGAGAACACCAAAGAGGCCAAAUCCGCCGCAGCUGCUCCGCCGCCCAAGGAGGUGGAAAAAAAGCAAUCGCCUCUGGAGGUGCCGGCUACCGGCGCUACGUACGGAUGGCCGGCCGAUGGGCUGCCGCUUUCGCACGGGAGCGUGGUGGGGGAACCGCUGCGCAGGGCUCAGUGGGAGUCCAGCCUCUUCGCUUGCGUCGGUCGUAAUGAUGAGUUCUGCAGCAGCGAUCUUGAAGUUUGCCUUCUUGGAAGUGUGGCCCCAUGUGUGCUUUAUGGAAGCAAUGUUGAGAGACUUGGCUCUGGUCCUGGGACUUUUGCAAACCACUGCCUGCCUUACUCUGGUCUAUACUUGAUUGGAAACUCCCUUCUUGGUGGGAAUUGUGUGGCACCUUGGUUUUCAUAUCCUAGCCGAACAGCCAUCCGCCGGAAGUUCAACAAACAGGGCAGCUGCGAAGCAUUUGCCAGGUCCUGCGGAUGCUGUGGGAGCUUUUUAGACGACAAUGUGCAACGUGAGCAAUGUGAGGCAGCCUGUGAUUUAGCAACUCAUGUCUUCUGCCAUCCAUGCGCUCUUUGCCAGGAAGGUCGCGAGGUUCGUCGUAGGCUUCCUCAUCCUGGGUUUAAUGCCCAGCAGGUCAUGGUCAUGAUUCCUCCUGGAGAGCAGACAAUGGGCCGUGGUCGAGCCUGAGCAUUCUGCCUGCAUGUGGGCAGGUCGAACGCACCUAAUGUCAGUAAAUGAUAUAAUACAUAUAUAUAUACAUACAUACAUAUAUAAGAUGUUCUGCUGAAACUGUGAUUGUAGCAUCUGAAUGUGCUUGAGAUUUGGUAUUAUUUACCUGUACAACUCACCUUCGUAAUAUGUUGUUGUGUUUGUAAGUCUUUUUAACUGUUAUUAUUAUUA